UGAAUGGAAACAUGGCGGUGCCGGCUCGGACCUGCGGCGCCCGCCGGCCGGCGGGGCCCCCGCGCCCGCUCUGGCUGCUGCUGCCCGCGCUGCUGCUGCCCGCGCCGCUCGCCGCCCCCGGCGCCGCUGCCUACAGCUUUCCCCAGCAGCACACGAUGCAGCACUGGGCCCGGCGCCUGGAGCAGGAGAUCGACGGCGUGAUGCGGAUCUUCGGGGGCGUCCAGCAGCUCCGUGAGAUCUAUAAGGAAAACCGGAAUCUGUUUGAGGUCCAGGAGAACGAGCCACAGAAGUUGGUGGAGAAGGUGGCCGGGGACAUCGAGAGCCUGCUGGACAGGAAGGUGCAGGCCCUGAAGAACUUGGCUGAUGCUGCAGAGAAUUUCCAGAAAUCCCACCGCUGGCAGGACAACAUCAAAGAGGAAGACAUCUUAUACUACGAUGCCAAGGCUGAUGCUGAGCUGGACGACCCUGAAACUGAGGAUAUGGAGAGGGGGUCCAAGGCCAGCACCCUAAGGCUGGACUUCAUUGAGGACUCAAACUUCAAGAACAAGGUCAACUAUUCCUACACAGCUGUGCAGAUCCCCACGGACAUCUACAAAGGCUCCACAGUCAUCCUCAAUGAGCUCAACUGGACGGAGGCCCUGGAGAACGUGUUCAUCGAGAACCGCAGGCAGGACCCCACACUGCUGUGGCAGGUCUUCGGCAGCGCCACGGGGGUCACGCGCUACUAUCCAGCUACUCCGUGGCGAGCCCCCAAGAAAAUAGACCUGUAUGAUGUCCGAAGGAGACCCUGGUACAUCCAGGGGGCCUCGUCGCCCAAGGACAUGGUCAUCAUUGUGGACGUCAGUGGCAGCGUGAGUGGCCUGACCCUGAAGCUGAUGAAGACGUCCGUCUGCGAGAUGCUGGACACACUCUCUGACGACGACUACGUGAAUGUGGCCUCGUUCAAUGAGAAGGCCCAACCCGUGUCAUGCUUCACCCACCUGGUACAAGCCAACGUGCGGAAUAAGAAGGUGUUCAAGGAAGCCGUGCAGGGCAUGGUGGCCAAGGGCACCACAGGCUACAAGGCCGGCUUUGAGUAUGCCUUCGACCAGCUGCAGAAUUCCAACAUCACCCGCGCCAACUGCAACAAGAUGAUCAUGAUGUUCACGGACGGCGGUGAGGACCGUGUGCAGGAUGUCUUUGAGAAAUACAAUUGGCCCAACCGGACGGUGCGUGUGUUCACCUUCUCUGUGGGGCAGCACAACUACGACGUGACACCGCUGCAGUGGAUGGCCUGCACAAACAAAGGUUACUAUUUUGAGAUUCCUUCCAUUGGUGCCAUCCGCAUCAACACUCAGGAAUAUCUAGACGUGCUGGGACGGCCCAUGGUGCUGGCAGGCAAGGAGGCCAAGCAGGUUCAAUGGACCAACGUGUAUGAGGAUGCGCUGGGGCUGGGGUUAGUGGUGACUGGGACCCUCCCUGUUUUCAACCUGACACAGGAUGGCCCAGGGGAAAAGAAGAACCAGCUGAUCCUGGGCGUGAUGGGCAUUGAUGUGGCUCUGAAUGACAUCAAGAGGCUGACGCCCAACUACACGCUUGGUGCCAACGGCUACGUGUUUGCCAUUGACCUGAACGGCUACGUGUUGCUGCACCCCAACCUUAAGCCCCAGACCACCAACUUCCGGGAGCCUGUGACUCUGGACUUCCUGGAUGCAGAGCUGGAGGAUGAGAACAAGGAGGAGAUCCGUCGGAGCAUGAUCGAUGGUAACAAGGGCCACAGGCAGAUCCGAGCUUUGGUCAAGUCCCUGGAUGAGCGGUACAUCGAUGAAGUGAUGCGGAACUACACUUGGGUACCUAUACGGAGCACCAACUACAGCCUCGGGCUAGUGCUCCCACCCUACAGCACCUUCUACCUCCAGGCCAAUCUCAGCGACCAGAUCCUGCAGGUCAAGUUGCCAAUCAGCAAACUGAAGGAUUUUGAGUUCCUGCUCCCCAGCAGCUUUGAGUCUGAAGGACAUGUUUUCAUUGCUCCCAGAGAGUACUGCAAGGACCUGAAUGCCUCAGACAACAACACCGAGUUCCUGAAAAACUUCAUUGAGCUCAUGGAGAAAGUGACUCCAGACUCAAAGCAAUGUAACAACUUCCUCCUGCACAAUCUGAUUCUGGACACAGGCAUCACGCAGCAGCUGGUGGAGCGAGUGUGGCGGGACCAGGAUCUGAACACGUACAGCCUCCUGGCGGUGUUUGCCUCCACGGAUGGUGGCAUCACACGUGUUUUCCCCAACAAGGCAGCUGAGGACUGGACAGAGAACCCUGAACCUUUCAAUGCCAGCUUCUACCGCCGCAGCCUGGAUAACCAGGGCUACAUCUUCAAGCCCCCACACCAGGAUGCCCUGCUAAGGCCUGUGGAGCUGGAGAAUGACACAGUGGGCAUCCUUGUCAGCACAGCUGUGGAGCUCAGCCUUGGCGGGCGCACACUGAGGCCAGCAGUGGUGGGUGUUAAGCUGGAUCUAGAAGCCUGGGCUGAGAAGUUCAAGGUGCUGGCCAGCAACCGAACCCAUCAGGACCAGCCUCAGAAGUGCGGCCCCAGCAGCCACUGUGAGAUGGACUGCGAGGUUAACAACGAGGACCUGCUGUGUGUGCUCAUUGAUGACGGGGGUUUCCUGGUGCUGUCAAACCAGAACCACCAGUGGGACCAGGUGGGCAGGUUCUUCAGUGAGGUGGAUGCCAACCUGAUGCUGGCCCUCUACAAUAAUUCUUUCUACGCCCGAAAGGAGUCCUAUGACUACCAGGCGGCCUGUGCCCCCCAACCUCCUGGCAAUCUGGGUGCUGCACCCCGCGGUGUCUUUGUGCCCACCAUUGCAGAUUUCCUUAACCUGGCCUGGUGGACCUCUGCUGCCGCCUGGUCCCUGUUCCAGCAGCUUCUCUAUGGUCUCAUCUACCACAGCUGGUUCCAGGCAGACCCCGCGGAGGCCGAGGGGAGCCCCGAGGGGCGAGAGAGCAGCUGUGUCAUGAAACAGACCCAGUACUACUUCGGAUCAGUGAACGUCUCCUACAAUGCUAUCAUCGAUUGCGGCAACUGUUCCAGGCUGUUCCAUGCUCAGAGGUUGACCAACACCAACCUGCUCUUCGUGGUGGCCGAGAAGCCGCUGUGCAGCCAGUGCGAGGCGGGCCGGCUGCUGCAGAAGGAGACACACUCGGACGGCCCGGAGCAGUGUGAGCUGGUGCAGAGACCGCGGUACCGGAGAGGCCCGCACAUCUGCUUCGACUACAACGCGACGGAAGAUACCUCAGACUGCGGCCGCGGAGCGUCCUUCCCGCCGUCGCUGGGCGUCCUGGUCUCCCUGCAGCUGCUGCUGCUCCUGGGCCUGCCUCCCCGGCCGCAGCCUCAAGUCCACGCCCACGCCUCGCGCCGCCGCUGAGCGCCCCCGCCCCGCCCCCGCCCACCCCCACCCCGCAGGCCUCCCCGCCUCUUCCCAGCUCCCCUGCCCCCCUCACUCUCUGCUGCCACCCGCCGCCUAGAGCCUCGCCCCUCCCUUAGCAAGGAUCUGAGCCCACCAGACCCCACCCCAGAUCUGCAGGAGUUGGGGGGUCCAAAGGAGGGCCUGCAGGUCUUAGGCUUCCCAAGCCACCUGUCACCACAGAACUGACAAAAUGCCCCAGAACCCCCCUUUCCCUUUGGACUCAUCCCCCACAGCUGGGACAGGAAGGCGCAGUGGUUGCCAAACCAGGCCUCACUGCCUGCCCGGCCUGAGGUCCCCUUUGUGGGGAGACUUAGGCCCAGCUGGACUCCAACGUCACCCUUCUAGCCCACCCAAUCCAAAUCCCGAUGCUCUGAGGAGUCUUGGAGGAAUUUGAGGUGGGCAGUUCGGGUCCCUGAGAUCCCAGGUUAAGUCAGGGCAUGAGAGAGGUCCUGGGGUAGCCUCUUAGUGGGGGACUCCUGGUCCUCUCAGGCGACAGGCCACAUCCCAGCACCACAGGUGUCAGGACAGUGACAGGAACAUUGACUCAGAUACCGCCACCCACACCCGGAGCCCUGAGGACAGGAAGUGACUUCCGGUCAGAAAAGCCCAGGAGGGCACACGGUGGGGUGGGAUAGGGGCUCACAAAGCCUUACGCAGGGCAAAAGGUUGGCGGGAGGGUUGGCAUGUGCACACUCCAUCUCCUGCUCACUGCCCACCGCGAAUCUGACCUGCAGCCUGCUGGUCCUCUGCCUCUAAAGCUGAAUGUCAAACAGUGCCAAAUGCUGGGGCAGGGGGUGAAGAGCCCUCUGUGCCUCCCUAGCCGCCAGUGUCCCCCAAAGGCCCCCUCACCCCGCAGGUGCUCAUUGUAACCAUUUCUCACUAGUGUCAGGCCCCCGGUGGGACUGCGUGCCCCUGCCCACACCCUUUGGCAGAGGAUCCCUCACCAGAUGUUGCCCUUUGCCUUAGCAGGGGUGUCUUGAUCUCUCCUAGCUGGACCGUCCCACCCUAAUCUGGCCCUUAUACACUCUGGCCUGUGCUCACCCCCAUCUCCCAUUCAUGCACUUCCUGCCUCGAGGAAGUCAAACGGCUCUUCCCUGCUGAACACACUUGCGCGCGCACACACACGCACACACACAUACACACACACAUAUACACACACGGACACACUCUGUGCACAGAGAGGCUGGGCCCAGGCACAUCCUUUCACACCAUUCAUUCGGGUCAUUUCCCCCAAAGGCACCCCAGCCUGGGGCCAGCGGGGGACUGAGGACAGGGGGAUGUGGCCAGGGGGCUCAGAUGGACUGGGAGGAGGGGGGAGGGUGAUGCAUUAAUUAAUGGCUCCGUUAAUUAAUGUCAUGUUGCUUGUUGCUUUCUCAGUGUGUGUAUGGUCCGUGCCCGCUGCUGGUGCCGGGGUGGCCGCCCGUGCUGCACACCCAGCCUAGAUGCCAGCUGUGUCUUGCGGGGGCGUGUGUGUAACUGUAGUGUAGUCAGGUGCUCAAUGGAGAAUAUAAAAAUAAAAAAGAAACAUAUACAGAAUAACAUAUAUUUUAAGUUUUAAAAAAUCCAAAAAAAAAAACCCGGCAAAACAAUCCCUAUCAGGUAGUUGUCCAACAAGCCCCAGCUGGGUCUGAUUCUGCUUCUCACCCACCCGACCUGGCUGCCCCUCACCUCGGGCUUGGGGGGGAUCUGUGAGGGACUGGGGGGCCAUUUCCUUUUCUCUGCCCUUUUUUUGGUUGUUGUUCUAUUUUGUACAGACAAGUCGGAAAAACAACAGCAACAAAAAAGUCAAGAAACUUUGUAAAUUAUCGUGUGUGUGAUUCCUUGUAAAAUAUUUUCAAAUGGUUUAUUACAGAAGAUCAGUUAUUAAAUAAUG